UCGUAAUAUGAAUCAAAACAGUAACAUUUCUCACUGUCGCUAUUCAUAAAUGGCUAUUUCUUAAAAGGUCAUGAAGUAAUUACCUUAACGAAGCCCUAUUACUUUGCAUGAACUCAGGAAUUGCUGUAAAGUAUAAAGAGUAAUCAUUUAUCCUUCUGGCCCUACAAUGAACGUCGGAAAAACCAUAGUUGCAUGACAUCAUAUCCUCAUCAAUGGUCGCCGUAUUCCCACACACCAAUGUGCCUAUCCUUAUGUACGCUUGCGCCAAAAAGCGGUCGUGUUUUACUAAUCAGAUGUAUACCUAUACAAAACUGCAUCGUGCUACAGGUUGCAAUUUCGUCUAAGUGCACCCAUUCAGAAAAGAGGGUGCAUGUGGGUGUGCCUACUACUGUUUCAGCAACUGCGGAAUCAUUCAGUAAGUUUUUCCUAGUUUUCCGUUGUGAGAGGAUAAUGAUGGAUGUGCAAAAUGGACAUUUCGAAAGGAUUCCAGUCAGUGAUGACCGUGAAGACAAUGAUGGGAAUGCGCCAUCAGCAGUUAACAGAACGGUGGUUCGACUAUCGAUUAUUGCACUGUUCCUGACCGGCUUCAGGCGUGAUCCGUAUCCAUGGAUGGAGGACUACAGAGAGCUGACGGAAGGCGGUAUCGGCAUCGGCAUCGAUCUGCAUCCGGACUUAUAUCUAGCGCAGAUGCUAGGACCGGUGCUGUUUACACUUUUGUUAACGUGUAAUGUUAGUGUUAAUCACGUGCGGGAACUUUUCAGCAUCGUACACCCACCUGUUUGCUUGUGGUUCGCGCUUGGAUGCAUUAUGGGAUACUUACGAGAAGUGCUUCCUGUGUGCAGCUUUAUGCUGGAAUUGAUACGGGACAGCAAAGUGACCCUGUACUAUUAUCAGAUCAUAAUCUACAGUUCUAGCGACGACAGAAGUGCGUCUAUCGUCUUUGGAACCAUGGCACAGUGCUUGGGAAAUGCAUUUCUACAGUGGAUCAGUUAUGAUUUGGGACUGAUGUGUCCCAAUACUAAGUACUUUAUGGAUCUAGUCGUUGCAAUGGUGCACUAUUUCAUGUUCUGCCCACGCCAAUCCUGGAGAGUGGCUCUGAAAGAUGUAUUUGAGGAAAGUAACCGUUACGCAUUUCGUGCGUUCAUCGGUAUAGCGGUAUUCGGAGUAAUACUACUUUCUUCGGUCAACAAUGUCAUCUUACAAUGGUUACUGCACGACAACGGCAAACCCCCGAAGCCAUUUCUACCAUUGUUCGUUGCUUUCGAAAGUAAUGAUUAUGUCUGGUACACCUUAAUUAACAUUUUCAUCCCCAUGGUGCUACAAAUCGGCCUGGUGAGAUUCAACCCUGGCAAGCAAUGGAUAGUGUCUUUCAUAAUCAGCAUCAUCGUUACGAGCGUAUGUUUCUUCGAUGACGCAAUGGAAAGCAUAUUCUAUCUCACCCUGGCGACGAUGACAAUGACUACGUUCACUUUCGGCAAGGCGUUGGCACAAUUGACGGAAGUAUGGCCCCAGAACAAAAUCAUUAUGCUGCCGGCAGCCACCUUCUUGGCUGCUCAUUUGUCGAUGUAUGGCUUCAGUGGAUUACUGAAGAUACUCCCGAGGGCCAGGAGGAGCGAACAUAUAGUAUUGAUUGUGGUAAGCGCAAUCAACGGUGCGUAUGCGGUGGCACUGGCUUUCGCCAAUGAUUUGCUGGUUACCGAUUCAUCGAGGAUUGGAAGAAGACGAGUUCGAAGGAUUGUACGGACUAUUGAUCUGUAGAAAUGAUUGAAUUUAAGUGAAACAUAAAACUAAGAUGCACAAAAUAGUUUAAAAUAUGCAUUUGAUGUGAUUAAUGCAUUAACGUGAUCCUCGAUCAAUAAAAAUAUAUACAGCCUUUGUUUUAGCUAA